CGCAGCAAAAGGAUAACAUGAGGACUGCGGUCCUGUGGGGCCUGCUGGCCCUGCUGUGUCAGCACACACUGGUUAGCAGCCACAUACUGGGUAGGACCUCUUCAACUAGGGACCUGGCUCAGCUCAAGUCUAUACUGGAGCGCUUUGAGGAGACUCUUGCUGAUGCAGCCCAGGAGGAGGACGCUGAAGCUGAUUAUGAAGGGACAAAUCAACAGCCUGAGAACAGCCAGGCCAGCCAGGGUUGGAACCAAGACCAGGAGGGGGACCAAGAACCUUUAAUGUCAGAAAGAUCUCAAUUACCAGCUGAGGGCCACAGCAGGACCGCAAGUCAAAGGAGCCGUCUGCUGGACCUCCUGAUGACAGCCAGGAAACGGGCCUCUGGCUGCUUUGGAGCCAGGAUGGAUCGAAUAGGAAAUGCCAGCGGUCUGGGAUGCAACAGUGGAAGAGGCUAGUCUGACAGUUUCCUGGGACACAUGUUGGAUUAUAGUUUGAUCUCCAACUGAGGACACAACC